AAGGGGGCGUGGGGCAGUGGGUCCUAUGUUGCAGGCGGCUUAGGGGUUAAGUAAGAAGGGGGCGUGGGGCAGUGGGUCCUAUGUUGCAGGCGGCUUAGGGGUUAAGUAAGAAGGGGGCGUGGGGCAGUGGGUCCUAUGUUGCAGGCGGCUUAGGGGUUAAGUAAGAAGGGGGCGUGGGGCAGUGGGUCCUAUGUUGCAGGCGGCUUAGGGGUUAAGUAAGAAGGGGGCGUGGGGCAGUGGGUCCUAUGUUGCAGGCGGCUUAGGGGUUAAGUAAGAAGGGGGCGUGGGGCAGUGGGUCCUAUGUUGCAGGCGGCUUAGGGGUUAAGUAAGAAGGGGGCGUGGGGCAGUGGGUCCUAUGUUGCAGGCGGCUUAGGGGUUAAGUAAGAAGGGGGCGUGGGGCAGUGGGUCCUAUGUUGCAGGCGGCUUAGGGGUUAAGUAAGAAGGGGGCGUGGGGCAGUGGGUCCUAUGUUGCAGGCGGCUUAGGGGUUAAGUAAGAAGGGGGCGUGGGGCAGUGGGUCCUAUGUUGCAGGCGGCUUAGGGGUUAAGUAAGAAGGGGGCGUGGGGCAGUGGGUCCUAUGUUGCAGGCGGCUUAGGGGUUAAGUAAGAAGGGGGCGUGGGGCAGUGGGUCCUAUGUUGCAGGCGGCUUAGGGGUUAAGUAAGAAGGGGGCGUGGGGCAGUGGGUCCUAUGUUGCAGGCGGCUUAGGGGUUAAGUAAGAAGGGGGCGUGGGGCAGUGGGUCCUAUGUUGCAGGCGGCUUAGGGGUUAAGUAAGAAGGUGCCGUGGGGCAGUGGGUUGCACAGUGUGGCCCAGUAGGGGGUAAGUAAGGAGGGAGAGGUGGGCGUGCAGAGGGGAGCUGUUCUAGAGCAUAGUGCCCUAGGAUGGGCAUGAGGCAGCCCAGGUAUAAAUCCGCGCCUGCGUGUGAACUGUGACACUGCCCAGGCACGUCUGGCACAAAAAGACGGUUCCAGGGGCACGGUGCGAUCCCUGCACGGGGCAUGUUAGUGGUGACACGACUCAGGCGCUGGCUGGGCUGCAGCAUUGCAUGCAGUGCCAUGGCGAGGGCAUGAGCCAGCGGGAUGUGGAGCCUCCAAAGUCUGCUAAAAGCACCACAAAGCCCAGCAGCGGUGGUGGUGGUGGUGGUAAGGAUGGCGGGUCAGAGAAUUCAGAGGAGGUCCAGCAGCAGCAGCAGCAGCCGCCACCGACCUCAAAUAAGCGUCCCAGUAACAGCACCCCUCCGCCCACGCAGCUGAAUAAGAUCAAGUAUUCUGGAGGGCCCCAGAUUGUAAAGAAGGAGCGACGGCACAGCUCCUCCCGCUUCAACCUGAGCAAAAACCGGGAACUGCAGAAACUCCCUGCCCUCAAAGAUGCUCCCCUCCACGAGCGAGAGGAGCUCUUCAUACAGAAGCUGCGACAAUGCUGCGUCCUCUUCGACUUCAUCUCCGACCCGCUCAGCGACCUGAAGUUCAAGGAGGUGAAGCGAGCGGGUCUCAAUGAGAUGGUGGAGUACAUCACGCACAACCGGGACGUCGUCACCGAGGCCAUCUACCCGGAAGCGGUCAUCAUGUUUUCAGUGAACCUCUUCCGGACUCUGCCCCCCUCGUCCAACCCAACGGGAGCGGAGUUUGACCCCGAGGAGGACGAACCCACCCUGGAAGCUGCCUGGCCGCACCUCCAGCUGGUGUAUGAAUUCUUCCUGCGGUUCCUGGAGUCGCCCGACUUUCAGCCAAAUGUAGCCAAGAAAUACAUUGACCAGAAGUUUGUAUUGUCACUGCUGGAUUUGUUUGACAGCGAAGAUCCCAGGGAGCGAGACUUCCUGAAGACCAUCUUGCACCGGAUUUACGGGAAGUUCCUGGGCCUGCGAGCGUAUGUGAGGCGGCAGAUCAACAACAUAUUUUACAGGUUUAUCUAUGAAACGGAGCAUCACAAUGGGAUUGCAGAGCUGCUGGAGAUCUUGGGCAGUAUAAUCAACGGGUUUGCGCUGCCUCUGAAGGAAGAGCACAAGAUGUUCCUCAUCCGUGUCUUGCUACCUUUGCACAAGGUGAAAUCGCUGAGUGUCUACCACCCGCAGCUGGCGUACUGCGUUGUGCAGUUCUUGGAGAAGGACAGCAGCCUGACGGAACCGGUGAUCGUGGGCUUGCUGAAGUUCUGGCCGAAAACGCACAGCCCCAAGGAGGUGAUGUUUCUGAACGAGCUGGAGGAAAUACUGGAUGUGAUCGAGCCCUCCGAGUUCGUGAAGGUCAUGGAGCCCCUGUUCAGGCAGCUGGCCAAGUGUGUGUCCAGCCCGCACUUCCAGGUGGCCGAGCGGGCGCUGUACUACUGGAACAACGAGUACAUCAUGAGCCUGAUCAGCGACAACGCCGCCAGGAUCCUCCCCAUCAUGUUCCCGGCCCUCUACAAGAAUUCCAAGAGUCACUGGAACAAGACCAUCCAUGGCCUGAUCUACAACGCGCUGAAGCUGUUCAUGGAGAUGAACCAAAAGCUGUUUGAUGACUGCACGCAGCAGUACAAGGCAGAGAAGCAAAAAGGGCGGUUCAGGCUGAAGGAGCGAGAAGAGAUGUGGCACAAGGUGGAGGAGCUGGCCCGGCAGAACCCGCAGUACCCCAUGUAUUACGCACCCCCGCCUCUGCCUCCCGUGUACUGCAUGGAGACCGAGACCCCCACUGCGGAGGACAUUCAGCUACUGAAGAAAACAAUGGAGACAGAGGCUGUGCAGAUGCUGAAAGACAUCAAGAAGGAGAAAGUUUUACUGCGCCGGAAAUCGGAGCUCCCGCAGGAUGUCUACACUAUAAAAGCCCUGGAGGCCCACAAGAGAGCAGAAGAAUUCCUCACCUCAAGCCAAGAGGCGCUCUGACGGGCUAGGGAGCUGCCCUGGGAGCCCUGGCCCCCAUUCCCUGCCCCGGGGGUCCCAGACAUGCACUUGGGUCUAAUGUAUAACUAGGGAACGAACAUGGUGAGCUGUGCCUGUCCACGCCAUCCUCAUUCUUUCAGGGGAGAGUUGGUUUGACAUCGUACCUCGUAUCUCAUCGCAUUGUCCCCGCCUCCCUCUCACACUGGUCUGUGGGUGCAUCAUUCCAGGCAGGAGUCAUUCCGUUCCCUGCUGCCGGGACGUGGGGCCAAAGCCUCCUGCCUGCUCCGCGGCUGGCCGGGUUUUCUCGGCCAAUCACCCACCCCCAGGCCCCGAGCGUGUACCGUUGUCUGCAGCCAGGCCCGCUGGGAGCGGCUCAGUCCGUGUCAGGACUGCGAAUUCUCAAGGGCUCUUUCCAGUCCAGCUGUAAGUGUCCUCCAUGGGGGUUUCCCUUGGCAGGCGAGUCCGCUCUGGACUGGCCCAGCUUGGCAGGAGAAGGGACAUUAACCUGAACUUUUCCUUUUUCACUGACUCUCCCCCCUUCUCCAGGGGGACUCUGCCAUCUUUGAAUGGAAGCACAUUGUUCCUCUCCCUUUGCACCGCCUGCAGGAAUUAAGUUCUUCCUUUGGCAUGACACCCUCCCCCAAAGGCUCUUACAGGAGAGAGUGUCGCUUUCUCCAGCCAUUCUUCCUCUGCUCUGGCCGUCCCCUAAACAUGGCACCUCCCUCUGGUACUGAGAUUCCAGGGGCAGGUGCCCCUGCUCAGGCUGCAGGCCCCCAGCUGGGUGCUGGCCUCUAGUGGGUGCCAUGUCCCAGGGGCAUCCGCUGCUCCAUCUCAGCACCAGCUGGGCCCUGGUGUGGAUUCCUCGCCACUGGGAGUGAAGCACUGGGCAGGGGGCAGGGAAUAGGCUGUUGCCGGUGCACUGUGGAAGCCGUAGCUGCUGCAGGCGGCCUGAGCCAGGCUCACUUUCUGCUGGCCCGGUGGCAGGCGGCUGCUCUUGCAGCACAGGAGGGAGGAGCGUGCGCCAGUAGCUCAGGGCAGGUAACCGAGGGGCUAUUGGUGUCCGGGGGGGGGGCUCCUUUGCAUCCCGGCUCUGUGCUACCUUUAACAAUCAGUGGCUGGGGCUGCCCUGGAGCAUGGUGUCUGCGCUGCACAUCCAAGUGUCCCCCUGCUGCUCUCCUGCUCCCCCCAGCCCUGGCUCCUUUGUCUAAACCCUGGGCGGGGGCCCCUGCCUGGCCAUACUGAGCUCUGUUCCUGCUGCUGUUCCUUGGGGCCCGCUCCUGCUCUGGUGAAUGCCCAUCGCCCCUCCCCGAAGCAGCUGGCGGGGGUGUGUUGGCGCAGUCACUCCCAGGGCAGGUUUAGUUCUCUGGAGAGGUUGCUUCUCUCCCAGCCUCACUGGCCCGUCCCACUCUGGCCCCAGCCCCCAGCAGCCUCCUGUCAGUCGUACUGUGGGCUCAUUCCCAUCUCAUCUCCGCCCGACUGUACUGUGCGCGACUGUUAGCCUGGAGCCAGGUGCUCAACCGGGGGGGGGGGGGGAAAUGGGGGGGCUUCAGAAAUAUUUGAAGUGGCCCCAGAAGGGGCAGGGCCAGGACAGCUCCAUGCUGCUCCACCCACAGACCCUGAUUGGCCAAGGGAUGGGGGGAGCAGGCAAAGUCUUUGCCUCCCUGGAGAGAACCACCAGCUGUUCUGAACAUCUGGCAGUUCCCUCUAGGUGCCUGUGCCCCUUGCCGGGCAGGGGCCAGGAGCGAGACCACACGCUCUCCCUGGCCGAUUGGCCGGGUGUCCACGGCCCGGAUCAACCUGCUUGGCAGGCCCGGUGCUAACCGCUUACCACGGGCCUGGCCCAGCUCCGCUCCCGGCCCCACGGCAGGCGUAAUGCUGGAGAUGGGCAGGGAGCGUGUGCAGGAGUCUGUUGGGACGGUGCGGAGUCCUUUCUACCACAGGGGGACAAAGCGAGGGCUGGGCUGGGGCAACGGAAAGAGAAGAACUAGGACGUUGGCUUGGGGUUGUAACAAACACUGGCAGGACCCCACGGAGCAAGCGCCAUGUCGCCCAGCUCGGAAGUGCUUCAGUGGGGUGCAGGCAGCUGCUCUGGGGCGCGCUCAUGGGCGUAAAUGGCCUGAACCCAGGGAAAGUGGCUUGGCUGUAGGAGAGGGGGGGGACGUACCUGCAUUUCAGGUGAGGAUGCUCCUCUCUGCUGCCUGUCCGGAAGAGUAGCCAUGAAACUUUCCACCUCCAUGUCCAACCAGGCCAGCACGGCCGCCCGGGCAGAGCACUGCCUGCUGGAUGACAGACGUACAUCGCCCUCUUUAAUCUGCUUGUGGGUCAGGGACCCUCCCGUUUAGUACGUUCCAAUUAGUUUGCUGCCUCUUCAUUCCUGUGUCCUGCGUACAUGGGGGGGGUGGGUGCAUGCAGCACCCCUGCAGAGCUGGCAGCAGCGUUACAGGUAGUACGCAGCCCUGGGGAACUGUCCGCUAGGCCAGUUGUCUCUUGUACCCCACCUGUUUCCGAGCAGUCAUGCUGAUUUCUGCCUGUGGGCCCCUCUCCCCUCCUUCAGAGUUGGAGCUGCCUCUUCCACUUCUCCCAUAGCCCAGCCCAUCAUGAGGGGAAAAGCAAAACUAACCGAUGCAGUCACGCCCCAGACAAGUGUUAAGCUGCUUACAGAUCAUAUGUACAUAUGGUGUACUUUAUUUUCAGUAGAGCAUAAUAGUAUGAAAGUGUUGGAUUUUGUACAGCUGUCUCUGUAUGUACAGAACUAAAUAAAAUGGAUCCCUUGGAAA